CAGACAGACCGCCGCACACACACAGACACACAGCGACGACGAAAGAAGCAGAAACAGUGGAGUAGAAUGCGAAUAAGAACUGCGUAUAUGUGUGUGCAAAUACAAAAACAGCAGACACAACGAACGGUGUGCUUUUUCGGCAUAGAUCUCUCAGACCUCAGACGCAUUAAAUCAAUACGAAUUAAACACAAUCUAAUCAAAUAACGGCAAAAAAAAAACAAACCGCUGGCAUAGAAAUUGUCUGCUCAAACAGCUGUGGAAGUGGAAAGCGCAAUAGAAAAGUUAUCAUAAAGUGCGAAAGGUCAGCAGCAGCAAAAGACGGCAGCCGUAGGAACAUUUCGCUGUAUAUAAAACUCUGUGAAUGUGUGUAUGUGUGGUGUGUGUGCUGUGUGUAUGUGUAUGUGAGUCUAGCUGUCACUUUCUUGCGCGCGCACAAACAUACACAAAUUAAAAUAAGCGACGAGCACCACCACCCCCCUUCUCUAUCCACACACAUCUUCCAAGCUAAAGCUAAGUCACAACUUGACGUACGCGCCCGGUUCCGGUGCCAAUCGCUGGUCGGUUAACCGUCCUUCGACACCCCCAACGCACAGUUGCAGAAAAACAACAUAAAAAAGAAGAGAAGAGACAAGUGCAAGUGUAUAUACGGCUGUUGUUGCAUUUGCUAAACGAUCGUCAUCAGUAUCCGUAUUCGCAUCCGCAUCUGCAUCCAGUUCCAGCUCGGCAUUUAGCUCAGCUGCAGGUGCCGGUUCCAGUUGCUCUCGUGCUGCUGUUUACAUGUGGAAGAAGGAACGAACACUGUUGUACAGAAACGCUGACAACAACAACAGCAGCAACGACAGCGAAGGACGCUAAAAAGAGGAAAUCACGGAAGCAAAACAAAACUACAAAACAAGUGUUGAGCAACGGCGACGAAAGUGAAUCCAUUUGCAAAAAGCUUAAAUCGGCGAAGAAGCUAAAGCUGAAGCUGAAGAGGCUGCUCGGAAAUUUGACAGUGGAGCUGGUGGCAGGCGGUGUUUAAGCGCGUGUUAAGCGUUUAAGAGCCGACUUUGUGUGUGUGUGCGUGUGUGUGUGUGUGUGUGUGUGUGUGUGUGUGUGUGUGCUGCAAGACAGUGGAGAGGAAGGGGGCGCGGUUGAGUGUCCACCAUACGUGAGAUGUUGCCAUUCACUCCGCAAGUGGUUAAACGUUUGUUAGCACUCAAAAAGGGCAACGAGGACAACAGUGUCGAGGGCAAGUGGUCGGAGAAGGCCGUCAAGAAUUUGGUCAAGAAGAUCAAAAAGAAUUCACAGCUCGAGGAACUGGAACGUGCCAUCUCCACACAGAAUUGCAACACGCGCUGUGUGACCGUGCCGCGCAGCAAGCCCGCUGCCACCGGCGAGAAUUUACGCAAGGGUCUACCGCACGUCAUCUAUUGCCGUCUGUGGCGCUGGCCCGAUCUGCAGUCUCAGAAUGAAUUGAAACCGUUGGAGCACUGCGAGUACGCGUUCCAUUUGCGCAAAGACGAUAUCUGCAUUAAUCCAUAUCAUUAUAAGAAGAUCGAGCUAUCGAUAUUGGUCCCCAAAUCGCUGCCAACGCCCCCCGAUUCGAUUGUCGAUUAUCCGCUGGACAAUCAUACGCAUCAGAUACCAAAUAAUACGGAAUACAAUGCUGCAAUAAUACGCAGCGCCUCGCUCAGUCCGCCACAGUAUAUGGAAUUGGGUGGUGGCAGCAGCAGCAGCAAUAGCAGCAGCAUCAUCAUCACUACUACCACAACCUCAACCUCAAAUAAUACAAACCCAUCAGCCGGAUCAACCAGCUACCAACAACAACAACAGCAGCAACAACUGCAGCAGCAGCAACAACAACACUCGCCGCUAUCAUUUGGUGGGAGCGUGGUGGGCGUGGUAGGCGUUGGCCAGAACUUGCCACCGGGCAGCUGCAACAUGGACUCGCAAUCCAGUGUGCUCAGCGUUGGCAGCAGCAUACCCAAUACGGGCACACCGCCGCCUGGUUAUAUGAGCGAGGAUGGCGAUCCGAUUGAUCCCAAUGAUAAUAUGAAUAUGUCGCGGCUAACACCGCCCGCAGAUGCCGCACCAGUGAUGUAUCAUGAGCCAGCGUUCUGGUGCUCCAUAUCCUAUUAUGAGCUAAAUACCCGUGUAGGUGAAACAUUUCACGCCUCACAGCCAUCGAUAACAGUGGAUGGCUUCACCGAUCCAUCGAAUUCGGAGCGCUUCUGUCUUGGCCUCCUCUCGAACGUCAAUCGGAACGAAGUCGUUGAGCAGACGCGUCGCCAUAUUGGGAAGGGCGUUCGCCUCUAUUAUAUUGGCGGCGAGGUCUUUGCCGAAUGCCUAAGCGAUUCCUCAAUAUUCGUACAGAGUCCCAAUUGCAAUCAGCGUUACGGCUGGCAUCCGGCGACCGUUUGUAAAAUACCGCCCGGCUGCAAUCUAAAGAUAUUCAAUAAUCAGGAGUUUGCCGCAUUGCUGUCACAAUCGGUAUCGCAAGGAUUCGAGGCCGUCUAUCAGUUGACGCGCAUGUGCACCAUCCGUAUGUCCUUUGUGAAGGGUUGGGGUGCCGAAUAUCGGCGACAGACGGUAACCUCAACGCCCUGCUGGAUCGAGCUGCAUCUGAAUGGGCCGCUUCAAUGGCUAGAUCGUGUCCUCACCCAGAUGGGAUCGCCACGCUUGCCCUGCAGCUCCAUGUCGUAAGUGGGUGUGUGUGUGUGUGUGUGUGUGUGUACGUACACACAGAACUCUUCGAUAUGCAUACAUACAUGCAUACAUACAUACAUAAAUUGAUGUAUUUAUGUAUUUGUACAUGCACCCAUACAACUAAAUAUUUUAUUAAAUUAACAAUUUCUUUGAUUGUUUCUUUUCUUAUAUAUAUAAAUAUAUAUACAUUUUUUUUUUCUUAACAAAGAGCAAUUGAAACAAAUUAGAAGUGAGAACAAGAACAACAAACAACAAAAUGUGUGGCUGUCGGUAGCUACCGAUUGCAAGAUACUCUGUUCCCAAAGUGGCAGCAACAGCAACAUUGAUGGUCUCAUCUCUAAAAAAAAAAAAGAAAGAAGGAUCCCUUUUUCGAAAAACAAAAAAUUAACAUACACUGCAAUAACCCAAAUACUCUAAAUUGUGUACAUUUGGGAACAGAGUGGAAGAGAAAAGUAAAGCGAAGAGAAAUUCUGAGAGCACUUAAAAAUAAGUAAAGUUACAGACGCAUACAUACAUACAUACAUAUUUAGUUUAUACAAAGAGAUCUUCUAAAUAUCUAUAUACUUCUACACAUAUACAUACAUACAUACGUACAUACAAACAUACAUAAAUACAUGCAUAAAUACGAACGAGAUGAUGUAUUUGGCGUGACAAGCUUAGGAUUUUAGUGCGUAGGGUGUAGGAUGUAGGGUGUAGGGCGUUGGCAGGGGAGGCAACAUGAGUUAGUGAAACAUGAAAGCAACAUUUUUGAUAAGAAGGGGCAGCUACCAAUUUUAAAUUGAGACUCGGAACAUUUUAUACGGUGUUUUUAGGCGUAGAAAAGAGAUAAGGAAACUAAGGAAAAGAAAGAAAAAAGAAUAUUAAUAUAUAUAUAUAUAUUGAAAUCAAGUGGAAAUAUGUAUAUCCUGUUAAACAGUGUUGGUAAACGCGCACGAGGUAUUAAAAAAAAUGGAGAUUGUGAAUGAAAUUCGGGAUACGUUCUUCUAAGAUUAGGCAUAGCAAGGGACAAAAUCAAGAAGAAAAACAAAAAAAAAAAAACAAAUAUAUACAACAGAAACUGCGAUUUUUACAGCUUGAAGCUAACACACUCACACACAUCCAAAACCUUAAAUUACAUAUGAGCUAUCUUACAACACAUAAAUACAUAUAUACACAUACAUAUUUUAAAAUGAAAAUGUGUCAUAUAAAUGUUGUUUGUAGCGUUUAGAUUUUCCGCUUAGUAUGUGUGUGUUUUAAGAUCAUAAACGAACAAAACUUAACCAAAAACACUCGUUUUAAUCGAAAACAAAAAAUGAACACGGACAAAUGAGUUUGAUUUCAAGAAACACUUGCCAAACCAAAUCUGCAUGGUAGUUCAAAUGGAAACCAUUUAAUAUCAGUUGCCUCUUCACAUCAAAAUAAAUACAUAAUUAGCAAAUGCAUAUGCAAAAUGUAGAACCUUUAUGUUUUUUAACUCCAAAUUACGUCCAAUUAAUGAAAUAUGUCAUACAAGAAUAUUGAGAAAAAUUCAAAUAUUCUGUCCGUUAUUUAGUUUUAAUUAUAUACCUGCAGUGUUUUUGUUUUGUUUGUUUUUGGUUUGAGUUUUUCUUUGUUUGUUUUGCGUAUUUUGUUGGACUCAAUAGUUCUUAAAUUCAAAUUAGUUUUGAUUGUUUACCAGUAAAAUGCAAUUCGUUUGCUACGACCAAAAAAUCCAAAGCUCAAUUAAAACAGCAUUGCCCUGUCGCAUUGCAGUGUUGCACAACGCUAAACGCAUGUAUGUGCAAUAAGUCAUUUUUAUUCCGCAUUUUGUAAGCUGCUUACAUAAGUACUUGGAUAACUAAAAUGCCGCAUGCUUAAGAGAGAGAGAGAAAAUUGUGUACGAUUAGAAUGAGAAGCAAUAUCAAUGUGGAAUGCAUGCGGCAGUUGGUUGUACGAACAAUAAUCGGAUAUACACAUAUAACACUUAACUUCAGCCGAGUUUCCCCAAGAGAAAACAAUCGUAGGCAACAUUUAAUUAUUUUAUUUAAUCUAUGAAAAGUGGUUGGCAAAAGCAAUACAAUUCAGGUCGUUCCUUGGCGUAGGAUUGGAUACGGCCUUGUACGAACAUGUACAGUUGCGCUCAAAAUCAUAGUAGGCUUACUUUUGAUCUUUAAUUUCUUUGCUAAAACUUAGCUUUAAUGGAUAUUUCUCUAAUUCGAUUCGAUUCUGAGUCCACUAGAAGAUGUAAUCAAUUCUUCGCCUGAUACUGGCUCCGAAGCAGCGCUUGACUCACUAAUCGAUUCACCUUUGGAACAAUUUCUACUAAAAAUCCGUAUCACGGUUACAAAAGUUGAAUCUUAAAUGCCCAAACCUUACAAAAAAAAAUUUCAAAAAAUAAUGGUAGAUUAUUUAUUAAUUAUUGCAAAUCUUUGUUAUUUUAAUUAUUUUGUUUUGUUACUAAACUUGUUUAAAUCUGUUGCAACUUAGAUGCAAAAUAUUUCUUAAGAAAGCAUUCUUCAUCUUAAAAAAAAAAUAAUAAUUACACUCCAAAGCUUUGAGAAAAAUGUUAUACAUAUUUUCAACUGCUAUUGUUUUGAGCGCAGCUAUUUUUUAGUGUUGUCAUUUUGCAAUUGAUGCAAUUACGAUUUGUUUCGGUGAUUUUAUACCUAGUGCGAACACUUUAAAGCAAUGGUUAUUUGAUUUUUAAAAGUCAUAGCUUCGUAGGAAAAAGUAAA